GGGUUUCAGCAGUCUGGUCCAGAUCCUCCGCUCCUCCUCAGCUCAACACACACAUCCAUUGUACACAAACGGGCAGGCGGCUCACGCAUACACACGCACUCACACACAUACAGACACAUACACACACAUAUAUACGCACACACGCACAGCAUCGAUCGUGGCUCCUUUAAGAAAGCCUAAGCCAGAAUUAUCACCCCACCUCCUCUUGAUCUCCUCUAGACGCUUUUGCAUAAGAAAAUCAAGCCGGGAGCCGAGAGUGAUCAAAGAAAACGAGAGGAGAGCUGCUUCAUUUUUUAACUGUGAUUGUGACCAUUAACAUUUAGGUGGUGCCGAUCCCGUGGAGACGCGCGUCGGACCAUCAUUCAUCCGGUACUUUUGACAAGCCCUCGCGUUUUGACUGACAGGCGGAGUGGCAAAAAGCCAUGAGAGUCGCCAGUUUUGUUUGAGGGGCUAUUUUAUUUUCAUCCUGGUUUUGGAAAAGGAGCCUGGCGCCGCUGCCCCGAGGAUAGCCGAGGACCUAUUCACCGCGCCUGGGCUAAACUUGCGCAGAAAGCGGGGGCUGGCUUCACCGUUCCGUGGAAAAAGAGGCAUACGGGAUUUUGGCUGAAACAUCUUCCCAUUUAUUUGGAUUUUCUUUCUUCAUUUCGUCUCCACCCUGGCCUCAGAGGGGAUUUAUCUAAACUGAAAGGACGACCAGGGAGUCAGGAGGGUUAUGGCGCAACGGUACGAAGACUUGCCCCACUACGGGAUGGACGGGGUGGGCAUCCCGACCACUAUGUACGGAGACCCGCACGGCGCCCGGUCCAUGCAGGCGGUGCACCUCAACCACGGGCCCCAGCUGCACUCUCACCAGUACCCGCACACCGCCCACACCAACACCAUGCCUCCCAGUAUGGGCUCCUCUGUUAACGACGCUCUCAAGAGAGAUAAAGACGCUAUAUACGGGCACCCCCUGUUCCCCUUGCUUGCACUGAUUUUUGAGAAAUGUGAAUUAGCGACUUGCACCCCCAGAGAGCCCGGGGUGGCGGGAGGAGACGUCUGUUCAUCGGAAUCUUUCAAUGAAGACAUAGCAGUGUUUGCAAAACAGAUUCGGGCAGAAAAGCCUUUAUUUUCAUCAAAUCCAGAGUUGGAUAAUCUGAUGAUUCAAGCCAUUCAAGUUUUACGAUUUCAUCUUCUGGAGCUGGAGAAGGUACACGAGCUGUGUGAUAAUUUCUGUCACCGGUACAUCAGCUGCUUGAAAGGCAAGAUGCCCAUCGACUUGGUCAUAGACGACAGAGAGGGCGGGUCCAAAUCUGACAGCGAGGAAAUCACGAGAUCAUCGGUGGCCCUUGAUCAGACGUCCUGGAACAGAGAUCAUGAUGACACAGCGUCCACACGCUCCGGAGGAACGCCGGGGCCAUCCAGCGGCGGGCACACAUCACACAGCGGCGACAACAGCAGUGAACAGGGUGAUGGCCUGGACAACAGCGUGGCUUCACCGAGCACAGGGGAUGAUGAUGACCCGGAUAAAGAGAAGAAACGCAACAAGAAGAGAGGGAUCUUCCCUAAGGUGGCCACCAACAUUAUGAGAGCAUGGCUCUUUCAGCACCUAACACAUCCCUACCCGUCAGAAGAACAGAAGAAACAGCUGGCGCAAGACACAGGCCUCACCAUCCUACAAGUGAACAACUGGUUCAUUAACGCCAGGAGGAGAAUAGUCCAGCCCAUGAUUGACCAGUCAAACCGUGCAGGCAAGUCUCCUAUAGUUACUGUAUUCAAGUCACGCAGGCGAAAGCCGUCCACACUCCAUGCACCCAGAGGCCUCUCAGCUGGUAAAUACAGGACUGAUGCCCCCCAUCCUGGAAUGUCCAAAACCUCCAGGGGCUUCCCCCUUCAGUGUCGUGACUGACCACUAAAAUUAAGAACCAAAACAUUACAACAUUAACAGCACCCAUUAAUCACCUUUGACGUGUCCUUUGGGGUGAGAAACUCUUUAUUAAUGAUAAAAUAUAAUAAUUUGGCUGAAAAUGAGUUAACGACGAGUGGAUUUAUUUCCUUAGCCUGUAAACAAAACUAGCUGUGUUCUCAGUAAAGUUUGCUCUUAACCCUUCCUCCCCCCUUUGGCCAGCCAGCCCUUCCUCCCUGGCUCAAACCAAAACAUAAAGAGAACUACACCCUACACCCGUUUCUUUUUUUGGGUGACCGUUGUUUGGCUUUUUGGCUCCAGACCUGUUUUUACCCCCCCGCCCCCUCUCGCUCCUUUAAACUCCCCCCCUCAACCCUAUUUGCGGCUGUUUCAGGGAGCAAGGGGAGUGAGCGGUCCCCCUGGUGCAUGGCUUGGUUUGGACUGCCGUAAACUUUAUUACCUGUAAUAGGGGUCAGAGGUCAGGGUGGCAUUAGGGGCGCAGUAAAGUUCAAAGGCAUUCAGUGGGGCCGAGUUCUUGCUUUUGCUUGACUGACCCCCAAACAGCCUGAAUCGAAGGUAAGUGGAUUUCUAUGAGAGCAGAACAAUGGAGGCAAGCAAAAAAUAGGAACCCUAUCAGGUUUCACUUAUCGUCGCUGCUCAGUUAUAGGCAGUAUUUAUUAGAUAAAGCAUUUAGGGUAGGAGCAGAUUCAGAGGCCGCUCAGCAGCUUCAGCCUGGAACUCAUUUUGCUCUUUUGAUCAUGUGUAUAAUCAGACAUUGAUAGAAGCAGCAAUUAUGUUAAAGGUCACAAACAUAUCAGUGUUAAGUGCUUAAGUGUCCUUUUCUUUCAUAACAAGUCAUGAUAAGUAUUUUUUAAAUAGAAAGAGUUUGGUUUCUUAACCUUUGCAUUAUAUGGCAACAAUGAUUUGGAUUUAAACUUAUAGACUGAAUCACAAUGUUUAUUCACAAUAACUUCUGGGUAGAAACCCCCAUGUGGGAAAAAAGAGAUCAGGAUCAAAGACACCACAGUUUCUGUUUUAGACAAACUUGCCUCAGUUGGUUAGUUUUUAGCCACCUAAAAUAAGACCCACCAAAAUAAAUCAGUAUCAGUUUAAGUGUACGCUGUAUUUUUAAUAUUUUCACAGCUUCACCUUGCUGUCAGACAGCCUUUAUUAUAUCAAAUUCACCAGACUCCAUUGACAAAAACAGCAAUUUUUCUCAGCAGAACACUGGAGUUGCUGGUCUACCACAGCCUUGAUUGUUUCCCGUGUAAGUUAAAGCACCUUAAAUAUUCAAAUAUAGUGUACACUUAGACUGAUACAGAUUUUUUAUGAUGUUUUGCUACGGCCCGUCCACAGCAGUACAUUACUUAGCUUCAGUGAUAACUUCAGCAAAGUAAAUAAAACAGGCAUAGAAACAUCAGCUAGAUUGGACCAAAGAGUUUAAUUACAUAUCUUUAAAUGUUACUGUUACAGCUGAUAAUGACAAAACUUCACUAUAGGAAUAAAUUGCCAGUUGUCUACCUGGUAGUGACUGUUGUUAGCGUGACAUCAUAGUUAAAGGUUUAUUGUGUUUUAAGCACAAUAUGUACAGGAUAUAGUGACAAACACAAUGACCUAAACACAAAAACAACAAAACAAAAGGGGAUGCCGGGGUGGUAGCUGAGGUUAAAGCAUUUAAGUGUAUAGAUCAUCAAGGCCAAUUAUGAUAUCUGUGUUUGCCCUUAUUGUUUUAGGGCGUGCUCUAUUUAUCUCAGCUGAUGUACAAUCCAAAUUUGAUUGUCUUCUUUGGGUCAGAAAAAGAAUCGUUACCAUAAAUGCUUUGUUACCAUAAAAGUCUCGGGUUUGAAUAUUUCACUCAGCAAAUGAAGAGCUGAAACAAGCUGAUACACAACAUACAGAGUUUAAUGUGUGGUGUAUAUAAUAAAUGAUGAUAACAACCUUAAGAAAAAACUGUUAAGUAGUACAAUAAAAAUAAUUUCAUCAACACAGGACUCAGUCUUGUAAAAACGUUUUAUUGGCUUUCCAUCAGUCUUCGUGUAAACAGUUGUCACGUCAUCCAGAUGGCUCAGAUCUCACCUUGGUGAACCGUAGUGUGUGUUGAACUCUCUCAGUCCGAUCCCUAUUAGAGCAUUUAGACGCAUUAAAAGUCUACCAGGGGCUUACAGUGCAGAGCCGGCUGGACAGACACGGAGCAGAAUGACGCUGAAACGCAACGGCGGCUCCCUGUGCGUGCACCGGCCAACAGAUGAUCCCGCUUCGGCCACUGAGCCUUAAUUAAAAGCACUAAUUGACCACUCCGUCCCCUCCCUCCAAUCCCUCUAUCCCUCCCUCCCUCUGUCUCCUUCUCCAUCCACAGUAAGUCAAGGAGCUCCCUACAAUCCAGAUGGCCAGCCGAUGGGGGGCUUCGUCAUGGACGGCCAGCAGCACAUGGGAAUCAGACCACCUGGACCAAUGGGUGGAAUGGGCAUGAACAUGGGCAUGGAAGGUCAGUGGCACUACAUGUAGCCCCGCCCCAGUCCGACCAAUCGCAACACAAAGGGGGAUAACUACAGGGCAAUCCAGGGGAUCACCUGUCUCACAGAAGCCUACGGAGCAUGGGAACGGGACUCCUUGAAUUCCUGACGAAGACAACCAACAGCAACCCCUCUGUCCACCUCCAAGACCCAACGACAUUUUAUUUGGCUGAUAUCUGCAACAUGGAAACCCUCCAUGACUGCCUACAACCCUUAUCUAUGUAUCCAGCGACGGCGAUGCACAGAAGAUCAAACUAUGCCCUACCCAGAUGACCCCUCCCUGUCCCGACAGACCCCUGCUUCCUCUCUGGUGGACACUAGACUUCGCCCCCUUGCCACUGCCCACUAGGUUCUCAUGGAUUCCUCCAUUACAAGUGAUUGUGAUUGCGAUUGCGAGCAUAGACGACACACGAGAGAGACACACUGUGUCCUUUGCCUGUACCUUCGGUGAAUGCAGCACCUGGUGAUAUAUUCUAGACUCUUUGGCAAACAAGAGACUUCCUGUGAAGAGCACUCCACUCUUUGGGACGAUGGAAUUGGACCAAGGAGAAGCCAAUGUCUGUAUCUGACAGGACACUAACAAAGCAAAAGAGGUGCCCUUUAAAAAAUAUAGUGGAUUGAAACAUGGAAGGAGGGAAAGCAAGAGAAAAGAAAUUAAAAGUAUAACUAUAUCAACCCCUAGCUUGGGAAGCAAGUGGAGAAAGAAAAUAUACUGUAUACUGUUGUAAAAUUACGCUGGACUCUCACAAGAACUGGGAAUUUAAGUAUUGUAAAUGCUAUUGUAUUGUUCUGCAUAUUAUGUUGUUUCUAAUAGAUUUUUUAAAAAAAGGAUGUGAACUUUUUUCUCUUUUUUUCUGAUUUCUUUCCACACUAUGUGUGUGCCGUCUCUCCAUCAAAUUUGACCUCCUGCCCCCUUCCUCCCUCCAUUGAAUCACAAUGCAUUUUUAAAAGAAAAAAAAGUGAAUAAAUGGACAAUUCGAUCAGUU